AUGCGUUGGCCUGGUAAUUUUCUCACUCUCGCGACGGCGCUGCAAGCUGCUGGGAACCUCGCCGCAAGCGUCCAUCACAGGUGUGAUCAGCAGAAUCAAGCGCUACACACAUGGUGGCACGAAAAGUCUGCUGUCAACGACGCGGGGGCUGUCGCAGCAGAUGAAGUUCGCCAAUCGCGCAAGUACGAUGUCUCUGUGUCCGUUCGCGGUGAAUCCAAAUUCCGGGACUCGUUUGUCUACGAGACCAUCCCGCGGAACGGCAACGGCAAGAUGUACGACCCGGCCAAUCCUGGUCAGGAAUACAACCUGGCGGACGGGGAUGGCAUCACCGUCGAAGAGGACGCAAAGAUCAACAUGGCUUGGACGCAGUUUCAAUACGCCAAAGAUGUUGAAGUUCGCAUCACCUCCAAGGAUGGUUCUGCACUGGGGCCAACUAGCAACGUUGUCAUCCGCCCCUCGGAUAUCAGGUACGACAUCAGCAGCCCAGACAGCAGCACUGUUAUAAUCCAGGUUCCAUACGACCUGAGGGGCCGACGAUUCUCCGUCGAGUUCCAAAACGACUUAUACGCCUACCGCUCGAACGGCAAAUCAUAUGUCAAUGACGGCGGCGUUCUCGUGAGCGAGGAACCGCGCAAUGCGCUGCUUAUCUUCGCCAGUCCAUUCAUUCCCCAGGAACUCAUCCCGUCCAAGACAUCAGGCGAUACGCAAGUCCUCAAGCCGGGCAAGAUCACCGACAGCACCAUUGGCGCGAAGCCGACACUCUACUUUGAGGCAGGCACCUACUGGGUAGAGAAAGACGGCCGCCUCGGUAAAAGUCACAUCAAGCUGAACGCCAACACGCACUACGUCUACUUCGAGCCAGGAACUUAUAUCAAAGGCGCCUUUGAGUACACCACUUCGAAGAAUGACUUUUAUACCGUCGGACAUGGAGUAGUCUCGGGCGAAAAUUACGCAUACAUGGCAAACACUGCCAAGAACUAUGUUGCGGAAAAGAGUGACCGGACCAGUCUUAGGAUCUUUUCGCACCAGGCAGUUUCGGACAGCCAGAUAUGGCAUUGCAUUGGACCUACCCUUAAUGCACCGCCCUUUAAUACCGUGGACCUGUUUCCAAAGAACCAGACGCCAAACGAGGAAGACAACAAGGUGCGGAACGACAUCUCUGACUACAAACAGGUCGGCGCGUUCUACUUCCAGACUGAUGGGCCGCAAAUAUACUCUGGAACCGUCAAGGACUGCUUCUGGCAUGUUAAUGACGACGCUAUCAAGUUGUACCACUCGGACGCGAAGGUCGAACGGGUGACCAUCUGGAAGUGUCACAACGACCCCGUUAUCCAAAUGGGCUGGAAACCACGUGGAGUCUCUGGAACUACCAUUUCUGAACUCAAGGUCAUCCACACUCGAUGGUUUAAGAGCGAGACGGUUGUUCCUUCCGCCAUUAUUGGAGCCUCACCCUACUACGGCGACCCAAAGAUUGUGGAUGCGUCUAGGACAGGGUGGUUUUCCAUACCCAAGUAUGGAAAUACCCUUUCCAUACUAUUGUAUGGACAGGGUAUGGACAUGGAUCCAUAG